CCCAUGCAUAACGAGGUAGUACUGCGUGUUUAUGACUUGAGCAACGGUCAAGCCAAAGCGAUCAGUAAGAAACUUCUUGGUGUACAGCUGGAUGGCAUAUGGCACACAUCUAUCGAGGUGUUUGGCAGUGAGUACUUCUUCAGUACGCAGAUAAUGAAGUGUGUGCCUGGAAUGACGAAAUAUGGACUGCCCGUGCACGUGCACAAUCUCGGUGCCUCCAAUAAGACAAUAGUUGAGCUGGAGGAGGAGCUGUCCAAGCUCAAAAAGAAGUUCAAUUUUAAGACGUACAACGUGCUGCUCAACAACUGCAAUCAUUUCUCGGAUGAUGUGGUUUUCUUCUUGCUUGAGAAGAAUCUGCCCAAGUAUAUCAUGGAAAUACACGAGAGUGUUCUAAGGACACCUCUUGCGGCAUCUUUCAUCGGGAUGGGCAACCAAUUCAAUCCCGGUGCUGAAUGAAAAAUAAAAAGAUGUAUAGAGAGAAUUUACCGGGCACUUUUCGUUUAGUCUCGUCAGUAUUUGAGUAUGUCCUUGAAAAUCGUUCAAUUCUUGCUCAGUAAAUAUCUUGUGCCAA